UUUUAUUUCUAAUUCUUAUUCCUAAUAUUUUCUCUAUUGUGCUCAAGCCCUUAGUGCAGAACAAUAUUUCAUUCUCCCAUGAUGGACAAGUAAUUUUUACAAUAAAAAUCGGUUCGACUUUCAUUGGACAGGAAAAAUGAGAAUAUAUUUAAUUUUUCUUUUCACUCUUUAGUAUAUCUUGUUAGAUGCAAUGAAACCUCAGCUGUAUGUUAUCAUUGGAGUGGGGUUAAAGCUAUAUAACUUGAAGAUAGAUCGAAGAAAUGAGUUCUUCGAAGAAGAGACAGUAGGUAGUUACAAGAACGCAACGCGCGCAACAGAGUGGAUUGUAUCGGAAAAAUUGUUUUGAUUUGACACGAUAAAAAUUUACGGUAGAACAUUUUAAUUUAAAACACAAAGAAUGGAUCCUUUCUUGAUAUUCAUUAAUAUAAUUAAACAAAAAAUGUGCACAAUUAGUGUUAUAUUAACGUUAACGACAACUGUUGUCAUUUAUAUCCUGAUGACGAACCAAUUGUGUUGCAUUACCACUCUCCGUACAAGUCUGAACGCACAGAUAGAAUAUCAAUUACAAUGACGCCACAAAAAAAAAAGAAGAAAAAAAUAACAUUGAAUCGUGUAGGAGACAUCGUACGUCGAUUGAAUACGAAUUCAAAUCAAGCUUUAUCAAGAGAUUUGGAAACUAAAAAUAUGUUACUGCGAUGCAAAGCGGCUAUUGAAGAAGUCAGUAAUAAGGACCGCGCGACAAUCGUAGACGAUAGUCUUUCCAGAUUGUAUCACACCUGGUUAUCUCAAGAAUGCGAAGUGCGAGCUGGACCUGAGUACAUAAUCAGAAAAUAUAUAUUCUUUGAAAAUGGAUCGUUUCUUCUGUUGCGCUAUCAUUACGCCGAAGAGUCAUGCAGCAUAGCUACACAUACUGUCAUAAUCCGUGGUUUUAUUAACUCAUUGGAACCAUCUAUUGCUGUUUCCGGUGCAACUGAUACAAAAUUUCAUGUAGAUGUAAUUCAUAUUGUACCAUUAAAUCGACAGAUUGCUCACAAGUUCGGAUUAAAAUUGAAUCUAACCUGCGGUCCUCAGCCAAAAUGGCGACCUUACGUUCCCAAAUUGAUCUACGAGCGCUCGACGUCAUCGCUGUGGCAAAGUCCGAGUUAUAACUCUUUACAAGUUUAUUGGCCUGGAAAAAAGCGAUUUGAUAUAAACUGUUUGCAGCCAUUUGGAAUCGAAUUUGCCGAGUUAAAGCUGCUGAGAGUACAAAAGAGACUAUCCGGUCCGUCCGGCUUGUUUAAUUUUCAACUCUUUUUGGCUAAUCCUCCACCUAAUGUGCUUUCUCGUUGGAAUUAUAAACCAACUUCGUUACAACCUACAGCGAUGAUUCGCGCUGAUACCGUGAGCAGUUGUCCGAUAUGUGGCAGUAUAUCUCGAAGUAAUGAGUUUAAUCCACCUCUUCUUCAACAAACAGCGGCUCUACCUGCACUGAUCGGAGGUUUUUGGCACAGUGAGAGAUGCGAAAGUUCCGAAGGUGGCGUUUGGUCCAGACGACAAUUUCUUAUAUAUUCGGGAGAUAAAUUGUGGACUGGUCAAUGGGACCAUUAUGAUGAUCCACAGUGUACCAAGUUUUUGUACACUGUAACUGCAGCAGGGAUUUACGUACAACGAUCCAGAAGAGAAAAACAUCAUAAAGUUGAUGAACAAGCUAAAUUUGACUACACAAAAUCUUUCUUUAAGAGAAGCAUGAGUGAUAAUUCAGCUACUAACAAGAUUAUCCAAAACGAUUCUUAUGAGAAGAAUUUUUAUACUAUAAACACGCCAUUAAAAUAUACAAAGAAACAUAUUCAUGCAAGAGUUAAAAAAGUAAAAAGACGGAAUAAGAAAUCAUUGUCUAAAAGCUUUCAUCAGAUCUGGCAUGAUGCGCAAUCCUUUGUGCUCUCCUCCAGUGUGUAUAGUCUUCGAACUAGAUUCACGACGAUGUUGCGAGGUCAUCAGACAUACGAAACUACUACCAGAAAAUCUUCCAUAUGGAACAACGUGCCUUCUAGUAUUACUGAAUUAGAUCUAUAUAUCGCUGAGAGUAUUUUGAUUCCUGGAGAUAUCGAUGUAUCUACUAUUUGUAAUACCGAUGUGUCCGAUGUACUAUUGACCUCUUGUUUGAGAAGCUGUGUUCCUCAAGAAAUUCAGGCACUCUCAACUUUGAGACUUCGAGUCAAGUUGAAUGUCAACUGGAACGGCCAGUACAUCCUGUUGUUGGGCUUACAAAGCAAUAAUCUCUGGGAAGCUCCAUUGCAACAGUGUGCUCAAAUGUCACCAUAUAAUCCAGUUCUGCAAACAAAACUCCGGCAAAGUUUUGGUCUUCGCUUAGGAUUACUUUCUUCUGCAUCAAUCAGUCAAAUCUCUGCUGGAUUUUUUUAUCUCAGAUCUAUUGUACAGAUUUUUCUAUUGUACAUAUAUGUAUUAUAUUAUAUUUAGAUUUAUUAUAAUUGCUUAAUUUAGUAAAGUUAAGGAUACUUCUAUUGAUUAAAAAAUCUGUCAUCAACUAGCAAUAUAAACAUGUGCUGUGGUUGCAUAUACAUAUAUAUAACUACUUGCAAUUUUGAAUUUGCAGGUCAGACACACUUGUCACCUUAUAUGCAGUUUGUUAUAUUGUUUUUGUAUCAGUUAGAUAAGUUUAUUAUACUCCCUGAACCACGCAUCAGUCUCUCUUCAUCCUUAAGAAGGUACUGGAUACCGACUAUAGAGACCUAUAGAGACCUGUAAACCGACUUUCUCUUAUGACGUUUGGUGU